UUCAAUUUCUCUCUAUUGCACUCUGCAUGAGACGCCAACUCCGAAGAAUCUCUUCUCUUCUCUUCUCCAUCGGAAACAGUCGUCGCCCCGACCCGACCCGACGAGGAAGGAGGUGAGAAAUGGUGUCGGAAUCGGACCUCGCGAGCCGGCUCCGGGAGAUCCUCCGGAAUUCGGACCUCGACCAGGCCACCGCCGGCUCCGUCCGCCGGCAGCUGGAGUCGGAUUUCGGCCUCGAUUUGUCCGACCGCAAGACGUUCAUCAGGGAGCAAAUCGACGCGUAUCUCCAAUCCAUCGGGAAUCCGGAGGACGGCGCCAAUGACGACGGCCAAUGCAGCGGGCCCGACGUCAAGCGAGAAGAGGAUGGGGAGGUGGAGGAAGAUGGAGAGGAAGAGGGGGAGGAGGAAGAAGAAGAAGGAGAUGAUGAAGAAGAGGGGAAGAAAAGUAAAAAGAGGCGUUCGGCCUCUAAGGAAAAAGUAAACAAGAGGAGAGGAGGAUUCAAUAAGCUGUGUAGCCUCUCUCCACAGCUUCAAAGUUUUGUUGGAGAGUCUACAUUGGCCAGAACAGAGGUUGUGAAGAGAAUCUGGAAUCAUAUCCGACAAAAAGAUUUGCAAGAUCCAAGCAAUAGGCGUAAAAUAUUGUGUGAUGAAUCACUGCACAAGCUUUUCCAUGUCAAUUCUAUUGACAUGUUUCAGAUGAAUAAAGCCCUUGCCAAGCAUAUAUGGCCAUUAGACGCCGAUGAUGAAAAUGCAAUAAAGAAGACAAAGAAUGAGGAGUCUGUUGACUCUCACUCAGAUGGAGAAGUCAGCAAUGCUAUGGAAGAAGCUGAAGAAGAUGAACAAAAUGAAAAUGAGGAAGAGGAAGAGAUGAAUGGACGGAGAAGCAAGAAAGGACGGUCUUCUAAAGAGGACAAAGGAGUUAAGAAAAGAGGUGGUGGGUUUAAUAAAUUGUGCAGUCUCUCUCCCCAACUUCAAGUGGUCACUGGGGAGCCUGAUCUGGCUAGACCAGAGGUUGUGAAGAGGCUUUGGGCAUACAUCCGGGCAAAUAACUUGCAAGAUCCAAAGAAUAAGCAAAAUAUCGUUUGUGAUGAAUCACUACGGUCCCUCUUUUGUGUGGAUACUAUCAACAUGUUUCAAAUGAAUAAAGCCCUUUCCAAGCAUAUUUGGCCAUUAAAUGGUGGAGAAGCUCCUGAGAAGAAUUCUCUAAAGGAGGAGAGAUGUCAGGCAACAAGAGAUGAAGAUGAAGAAGAGCAGAAAGAUGAAAAGCAGAAGAAAAGAGGUUCUGGUUUUACUGCCCCCCUACCCCUCUCAGAUGCUUUAGUGAAGUUCUUUGGCACAGGUGAAAGUGCAUUAUCUCGAGCUGACGUCGUAAAGCGAAUGUGGGAUUAUAUAAAACAAAAUGAUUUGCAGGAUCCAUCGGAUAAGAGGAGAGUUAUAUGUGACGAGAAACUGAGAGAACUUUUAGAGGUCGAUUCUUUCAAUGGGUUCUCAGUCUCAAAGCUUCUCACGGCGCAUUUUGUCAAAGGCAGGUGACUAAGGCUACUUGAAAUGUACAUAUUUGAAGCCCGCAAGAGGUGGGCAAUUUUGUUUAGCAACAAAUUUCUCAUCACAGUCCAGUAGCUUGUAUUUUCCUCACUGAAAAUAUAUAUGGCCCUUGGCAUUUUGUUGUUCUAUUCCUUGACCUCUGCCAGUGCCUUUAUUCAUCUGAUUUUCAUAAACGUCACAACAGAAGUGUCUGGAGAUCACUCUGUUUGCUUGAGUUUGGGAACAAUACGGUGAUAUGUAUGGUUACUCUUUCUUCAAUUUUGCUGCGGACCCAGUUUUAAAGGUUCGAUUUCCAUUCUUUCA